CUUUCAACAAGGCAACCCCCAUACUUAAACCCACUCCACUCCACAUCCAUCUCUUGUCUUUGCCCAUCUCUCCUCAAAACUAGCGCGUUCGCCACCCACCACACGCACUGGACGGCCCGGACGGCAGAUUUAAAACACCCCUCCUCAAAUCCUGCAUCUACAGUCGAGCCAAAGCUCCUUCUCUAGCCGUCCGACCUCCACUUCGACCCCACACCCAACAUGACAGACGUCAAGCUCGACAGCGACGUCUUCUUCAGGAGGGCGGACAAGAUCUUUACUGCCUGGGAGAAGCCUACCGACGACACUGCUGAGCUCAAGGACGUCCAGGCGUUGCAAAUCUUCCUUGGAGACGCGACAGAUGACGCGCCAGCGUUCACCAAGUCGGCAGCUUUACAGACCUACCUCCUGGCAUUCGAGUUCCCAUCCACUCUAAUCAUCUUCUGGAAGUCGACUCGCAAGGUUACCUUUGUGUGCAGCUCCUCCAAGGCCAAGAUCCUGCGCCAGCUCGAGUCCCAGAAUGGGAUCGAGAUUGACAUCUGGGUGCGCGCGCCAAAGGAUGAGUCAACUGCCAGUGUAAUUCCCGACCUCGUCCUCGAGCUUGGCGACUCCAAGGUCGGCAACCUGCCCAAGGACAAGGCCACGGGCAAGCUCACCGACGAGUGGAACAAGGCCAUUGCCACUUCCAAGGCUGGAAUCGAGUUUGUCGACAUUGCUACUGCCGUCUCGGCCAUCCUGGCUGACAAGGACAACGAGGAGAUUAAAGCCACGGUCACCGCCGCCCGCCUCACCUCCACCUGCAUGCAGCACUACUUCAAGUCCAAGAUGGAGGCCUUGAUAGACCGCGACACCAAGAUCACCCACGAAAACUUCUCGCAGCUUGUCGAGGAGAAGAUUGGCAACGACGUCAAGGGCGCCGACAUGAAGCUCUGGAACAAGAACCCCCAGCUCGGCGAAGUCGACUUUACCAACACUGACUGGGUCUACUCGCCCAUUAUCCAGUCGGGUGGCGAAUACGACCUCAAGGUGUCGGCGUACUCGAAUGAGAACAAUCUCAAGCCUGGCGUCAUUCUCUCGAGCCUUGGUAUCCGCUACAAGUCGUACUGCGCCAGCAUGGCGCGUACGUUCAUGAUCAACCCGAGCGCCAAGCAGGAGCGCAACUUUGAGAUCCUCAUCGACGCGCGCCUGUCUGUCGUCAAGCUCCUCAAGGAAGGUGCCGUGGUCAAGGACGUCUACGCCGCUGCCCAGGCCAUCUUUGCCGAGCGCGGCCUGGGUGACAACUUUGUCAAGAAUAUUGGCUUUGCCACUGGACUCGAGUACCGCGACAGCACUUUCCUGCUCGGCCCCAAGAACGACAGGAAGCUCAAGGAGAACAUGAUUCUGGUUGUGUCUCUCGGUGUCCAGGGUCUGUCAGACAAGCAGGGCGCCUACGCCCUGCAGCUCUCCGACACUGUCAAGGUUGGCAUCGACGGCGGUGCCUUCCUUACCGAGGGCUGCGCCAAGCUCAGGGAUGUUGUGAUGGACUUUGGCGACUCGGAGCCCGAGGAGGACGUCAAGCCGGCCUCCAAGUCCUCGGCCAAGCCCACCAAGAAGACCAACGGCGCGUCGAACGGCAAGGCGCCCAAGGCGCCCAAGUCGCCUGUCAAGGCCAGGUCAUCUGCUGUCGGGGGCACCAAGCAGACGCGUGGUGCUCAGCGCGAGCAGAUCGAGUCGACAACAGCGCAGCGCAUCAAGGCCCACCAGGCCGAACUGCACGCUCAGCGCCAGGCCGAAGGACUGAAGAAGUGGGCCGGUGGUACCGGAGCAAACGACGGAAGCCGCGACAAGGUGGUCAAGCGCUACGAGUCGUACAGGCGAGAGGAGCAGCUUCCAAGCAUUGUGCAGGAGCGCCGCAUCUACGUCGACGAGCAGCGCCAGUCCAUCAUUCUGCCCAUCAACGGCUUUGCCACUCCCUUCCACAUUUCGACUGUGAAGAACGCCACCAAGGUGGAGGAGAACGCCCACAUUGUUCUCCGCAUCAACUUCCAGUCGCCGGGACAGAUUGCGGGCAAGAAGGAGGACAUGCCGUUCGAGGACCCUGACGCGACCUUUAUCCGAUCGCUCACUUUCCGUUCCAAGGACCAGCGCCACUUGAUCAAGAUCUUUGAGCAGAUCUCUGGUUUGAAAAAGGCCGCCACCAAGCGCGAGGCUGAGCGUAAGGAGAUGGCCGACGUCAUUGAGCAGGAGAAGCUUGUCGAGAUCAAGGGCCGCCACCCAUACGUCCUCAAAAACGUCUUCCCCCGUCCUGCCACCGAGGGCAAGAAGUCGGACGGCAACGUCGAGAUUCACCAGAACGGUCUCCGUUUCCGUCCUGAUGGACCUGGUCAGAGGAUCGACCUCUUGUUCAGCAACAUGAAGCACCUGUUCUUCCAGCCCAGCGAGAAGGAGCUUGUCGUCUUGCUGCACGUCCACCUCAAGGCGCCCAUUAUGAUCGGCAAGAAGAAGACGUGGGACGUCCAGUUCUUCCGCGAGGUCUCGGACAUGAACUUUGACGAGACGACUGGAAAGCGCCGCAAGGCUCGCUACGGUGACGAGGACGAGAUUGAGCAGGAGCAGGAGGACCGCAGGCGUCGCCAGGAGCUCGACAAGAUGUUCCACGCGUUCGCCAAGCGCGUCUCGGAUGCUGCGCAGGCCCAGCAGUACGAGCUCGAAGUCGACGUUCCCUACCGGGAGCUUGGCUUCUUUGGUGUGCCAAACCGUACCAACGUCAUGCUCCAGCCCACGACCGACUGCCUGGUCCACCUCAGUGAGAUGCCCUUCACGGUCAUCACUCUGUCCGAGGUUCAAAUCGUCCACUUUGAGCGUGUCCAGUUUGGUCUCAAGGCAUUCGACAUGGUCUUUGUGUUCAACGACUUUAAGAAGUCGCCCGUGGCCAUCAACUCGAUUCCAGUCAUCCACCUGGACAAUGUCAAGGAGUGGCUUGACUCGGUCGACAUUCCCAUUUCGGAAGGUCCCGUCAACCUGACAUGGUCUGCCAUCAUGAAGACGAUCAACGACGACCCCUACGAGUUCUACAAGGAGGGUGGUUGGGCAUUCCUCACCGGCGAUGGCGACUCUGACGACGAGGAUGAGAGCUCGGAGGGCUCGGUGUUCGAGGAGUCGGGCGACGGCUUUGGCGGGUCGAGUGAUGACGACGACAGCGAGUCGGAUGACUACUCGGACGACGACAGCGCAUCAGAUGACUCGGGUAGCGGCGGCGACUUCUCGGACGAGAGCGGCGAGUCGUGGGACGAGCUGGAGCGCAAGGCCAAGAAGGCCGACGACAAGCGUCGCCAGGAUGGCGGUGACUUGUCCGACUCUGACAAGAAGAAGAAGAGGAGGUAGAUGUCCUCCUGGCCCGUGUAUCAUUAGUGUAACCCCCCCAUAGCGCGUGUCCGAGGCGUCCGUAGCAUCCUGUGUGACAUGCCAUCAGAUAGAG